AUGCCCAAAAGAAAGACUGAAGGGGAUACUAAAGGAGAUAAAGCCAAGGUGAAGGAUGAGCCACAGAGAAGAUCUGCAAGGUUAUCUGCUAAACCUGCUCCUCCAAAGUCAGAGCCCAAGCCUAAAAAGGCCCCUGCAAAGAAGGGAGAGAAGGUCCCCAAGGGGAAGAAGGGGAAGGCUGAUGCCAGGAAGGAUGUGAAUAAUCCUGCAGAAAACAGAGACGCCAAAACAGACCAGGCACAAAAAGCUGAAGGUGCUGAAGAUGCCAAGUGAAAUGUGUGCAUUUUUGAUAACUGUGUACUUCUGGUGACUGUACAGUUUGAAAUACUAUUUUUUAUCAAGUUUUAUAAAAAUGCAGAAUUUUGUUUUACUUUUUUUUUUUUGAAGCUAUGUUGUU